CCGGCCCCGAGCGCAGGCCAUGGACCCCCCGCGGCGGGUGCGCCUCAAGCCCUGGCUGGUGGCCCAGGUGAGCAGCCAGCGCUUCCCGGGGCUCCGCUGGCUCGACCCCGAGCGCCGGCGCUUCGUCAUCCCCUGGGGACACGCCACCAGGAACCCGCCGGGACCCCAGGACCACGACACCAUCUUCAAGGCGUGGGCGCAGGAGACGGGCCGGUUCCGGGCCGGGGACCCGCCGGACCCCCCUCGCUGGAAGGCCACGCUGCGCUGCGCCCUCAACAAGAGCCGCGAGUUCCGGCUGCUGCUGGACGGGCCCCGCGGCUCCCCGGCCCAGCCCUUCCGCAUCUACGAGCUCUGCGAGGAGCCCCCCGGGGCCGCAGACGGGGGCGAUGAGGAUGACUAUGGCUGCAGUGGGGAGGAAGAUGUCAGCCAGCUCCAGAAGAUGACAUCCCUGAGCAUCGAUGACACGCAGCACGGGGGGGACCUGCUGCCCCCCUACAGCUGGCCCAAGGGGGAGCCCCCUCCCUUUGCCGCUUGCUGCCCCCCCGGGGGACCCUUUGUGCCUCCCCCCCCGGCGCUGCUCCAGGGGGAGGCGGGGGGCACCCACGGGACCCCCGAGCUGCUCCCUGGUGCCCUCGCUGAGUCCGGGCCCCCCCUGGGCCCCCCGGGACCCUCGUCCUCCUGCCCGGUGGCACCGACAGAGCACCUGAUCCCCGACCUGCUCGUCAGCCCGCACAUGCUGCCACUGACUGACCUGGAGCUGAAGUUCCAGUACCGGGGCCGCCAGGUGUGUGCCCUGACCGUCAGCAACCCGCACGGCUGCCGGCUGUUCCACAGCAGCCUGGAGCCCACGCGGGAGCAGGAGGAGCUCUUCGGGCCCCUGACGCUGGAGCAGGUGCCCUUCCCGUCUCCCGACGCCAUUCCCAACGAGAAGCAGCGCUUCUACACCCACCAGCUGCUGGACGUGCUGGACCGAGGGCUCAUCCUGGAGCUCCAGGGCCAGGAUCUCUUCGCCCUCCGGCUCUGCCAGUGCAAGGUCUUCUGGACAGGGCCCUGUGCCGCUCCCCAGCCCGGCCCCAACCCCAUCCAGAGGGAGAGAAGGACCAAGCUCUUCAGCCUCGAGGGCUUCCUCAACGGCCUCAUCCAGUUCCAGAAAGGACAGACCCCCACCCCGCCCCCCUUUGAGAUCUUCCUCUGCUUCGGCGAGGAGUGGCCGGACCAGAAGCCCAAGGAGAAGAAGCUGAUCACGGUGCAGGUGGUGCCGGUGGCGGCGCGGCUGCUGCUGGAGAUGUUCUCGGGGGAGCUGUCCUGGUCGGCCGACAGCAUCCCGCUGCAGAUCUCGCACCCCGACCUCAAGGACAGGAUGGUGGAGCAGUUCAAGGAGCUGCACCAGCUCUGGCAGAGCCACCAGCGGCUGCCGCCCCCGCAGCCCCCGCCCGGACCCCCGCCCGGACCCUGGGCGCUGCCGCCCGGCCCCCUGCCCCACUGACCGGGACACGGGCACGGCCGGGUGAGUCACUGCGGGGCCACCCAGCGCCAUCCUCAUCCCUGUCCCCACCCUGUCCCUGUCCCCGUCCCCACAGAGCUGUCAGUGACCAACAGCCGGGGUGCUCUGCAGGGAAAGGGACUGACCACCUGUGACCGCUCACCUGUGACC